UACAAAAUUCUACUGGACUACAUAAUUUUUUAUCAUUUUCUCGUGAACUUUAUUUUCUACGAACUGUACAAAAUUCCAGCCGAACAACAUUAAAAGGCACAUCACCGUGGUCAGUUGCAUAGGCUAAAUGAAGUAAAAAUAGAGCAAUAAAUCUUGUUUUGGGUAUUAUAUCUCGACAGUCGAGAGAAUGGCAGAUUCGAGAGGAGAAAUCGUGGUAGAGGUCGAUAGCAGUUCUGGUUAUUCGGCCAAAGAAGCUCCGCUCUUUAAUAAAAGCAGCUUCCAUGGCAAGUCCGAGGUUUUGAAGAUCAUGUUGUUCCAUGAGGCAGUAGCCGAAGCCGUCCGGCGAGGUCCCAAUCAUGAUGAUGAUGAGGAUGUUGAAGAUAACCCCGACGAAUUAAAGACGAUCAGGUUUGGCAAAUCAACGAUACUCCAAUGUGUGAUCCUCGUAGUCAUAUUGAUAGCCUUAGCCUGCAGCCUUCUGGUCCCGGACUUGAAGAGGAAAUCACUGUGGAAAUGGGAAGUUCUCCUCUUGGCUCUGAUAUCAGGACGUCUGAUAUCUGGAUGCCUCGUUCGGGUAGCCGUGAUCUUUGCCGAGCAGAAUUUUCUGCUCCAGAAAAGGGUCUUAUACUUCACGUACGGAUUGAGAAGGGCGGUCCAAAAUUUCCUAUGGUUGGGCCUUGUUUUUGUGACAUGGUAUCCUAUCUUUGACUCUAAGCUCGACAACAAUCGGAGUCGGAUCCUACCCAAUGUGACGAAGAUCUUGGUGUGCCUCCUAGUCGCUGCCCUUUUAUGGCUCUUGAAGACAGUCCUUGUGAAGGUACUUGCAUCAUCCUUCCACGUUAACACCUACUUCGAGAGGAUCCACCAGGCCCUCUUCCGUCAAUAUGUGAUUGAGACUCUCUCUUUGAAACCACUAGCCGGAAGCAGCCAUGGGACCAGUGACGAGGAGCCCGGUGAUGGUUUAUCGGAAGCUCUACUCCCGAAAGCCGGAAGUUUAUGGAAAUGGGAUAAAGUUGGUGCAAGGAGUUCAGAGAAGAAUGGGAAUAAGAUUCAAAAGAACAGUAUAUCUGUAUGGUAUAUGAAGAAGAUGAUGCAUAUGAUAAAGCACGGCUCGCUGUCGACCUUAGAUGAGCAGAUUCUCGAGUCGGACAUGGAGGAUGUAUCUCAUGUGCACAUCGACGGCAAGACCGAGUGUCACGCGAGAAAGGCAGCAAGGAAGAUAUUCCUCAAUGUGGCAAAACCAAAAUCUAGAUUGAUUUAUCUGGACGACUUGAUGCGAUUCAUGAGCAAGGAUGACGCAGUUAAGAUGAUACGCCUCCUUGGACUGAAGACCGAAAGCGAUGGAAUAGACAAGCAAGCCCUUGAAAAUUGGGUGAUCGAGGCUUUCAAGGAGAGAGCGUCACUCGCUCGGUCCCUCAAUGAUACUAACACUGCCGUGGAUGACCUCCACAACAUGUUGAACGUGAUUGUCGGGAUCGUGACAGUGAUCAUAUGGCUUAUCAUUCUCGGGGUUCCUAUCACGCAGUUCCUCGUCUUCAUAAGCUCUCAACUCCUCCUGUUGGCUUUUGUUUUUGGGAACAGCUGCAAGAUGGUUUUCGAAGCGAUCAUCUUCCUAUUCGUGAUGCAUCCCUAUGAUGUUGGCGAUCGCUGUGAAGUGGACGGCGUCCAGAUGAUAGUAGAAGAGAUGAACAUACUUACGACAGUGUUUCUAAGAACUGACAACUUGAAGAUUAGAUACCCCAACAAUGUUCUAGCAACGAAGCCGAUAAGCAACUACAAUCGAAGCUCUCAUAUGGGGGAGACGAUCGAUUUCUGUAUCCACAUCUCAACUCCGAUUGAGAGGAUUCACAGGAUGAAACAAGACAUAAAAGAGUACGUUGAAAGUAAGAGCGAGCACUGGCACCCUCGUUUGAACCUCAUCAUAAAGGACGUGGUGGACAUGAACAAGAUGGUGAUGAGCCUGUGGCUCACUCAUCGUAUGAACCAUCAGGAAAUGGUGGAGAGGUGGGCUCGAAGAACCCUCUUGGUCGAAAGGAUGAUCGAGGUCUUCAGGCAGCACGAGAUCGAGUAUCGCAUGCUUCCCCUUGACGUGAAUGUGAGAAACUUACCGAGUCCGACUCCGAGCUACGACAAGCCAGUUCCUUCCAACUGGACCGCUUGCGCUUAAACCCAAAUCAUUUUCACAGCCAGGGUAACAAGACCGUUGGAUCCUUCCUGUUGACACAUAGAAAAGUGAAGUUCCAUCCUCUUUGACCAGCAGAGUUGUUUGCCGUUUUUCAUCCCUAAUAGCUUGUUAGGAUACAAAAUCUUAACGGGACGUAAGCAUUUUAGCUGGAAGCCCUGCAAACACCCUUCUGUGCGAGGAAUCCGCAAUUCUACAACCGUUGGUGCGAGACUUGUUCAAUUUCUCAAUGCAAGUGGAACUCUGGGAGAGCAAUUAUAACAUAGCCCUGUCGGUGAAGCAUGUAUGAUUUAUGUUAGACGAGUAAAAGAACUUAAUUAGUAUAAGUUUUUUGCA